GACCCUGAGUGAGCCUCGGCAGGCGGAGAUCCGGAAAGAGUGCCUCCGACUCUGGGGGAUUCCAGACCAGGCUCGAGUUGCUCCUUCCUUCUCAGACCCGAAAUCUAAGUUCUUUGAACUCAUCCAGGGCACAGACAUUGAUAUCUUCAGCUACAAGCCCACACUGCUCACCGCUAAAACCCUGGAAAAGAUCCGCCCUGUGUUCGAUUACCGCUGCAUGGUGUCUGGCAGCGAGCAGAAGUUCCUCAUCGGCCUUGGGGUAAGUCUGCCCCUGGCUUCCUACCCAGCAUGGGAUGGCGGUACUGCCCUUGACUGUGGCAGUCUGGACAGCUGCCUUCCACACUCAGUCAUGUUCUCUUGGCACUGAGAACUGGGGCUUUGACCCUAGUGAAGGUAUUUCUUGAAACUUCCUUUCUUCUUCUGAGUUUACCAAGUGUCCUUCAUUCAUUCUUUCAUUUAUUCAUGUAUUUUGUUUCUUCAAUUCUGUGCAUUGCUGAGGUCAACACUCCACUUUUCUUGUGACAUGGAGCUUUCCAGGCUAACAGACUGGUCAGCG